GUGUAGACCUCACUACUCCAUUAAAAAAACGGAGAUUAUAUCAGCUGUUGGAUUCUGCCUACUCAGAAACAUCUACUCCUUCACCAUAUGCUACACCAACCCAUACUGAUCUUUCAGCCUCAGAUCCAUUGUUGUUUACCACUCCUCCUAGAAUAAAAGCAGAUGACGAAAACUGUAGGAAUGGCUAUAAGCCCAUUUACUCACCUGUUACUCCAGUAAUCCCAUGUGUACAUGGAAAUGCAAUGCACUUUGAGAAUAUUUCUUCACCUGAGAGCUCCCCAGAAGUUGCGAGGCGAACAUAUAAUCAGGAGGGAUAUGACCGGUCAUCCUCGGCAGUGCUGACACUCAACCCUUUCAGAAAUUCCAAUCUUACAGAAAUGUGUCUGCAAGAAAUAAAGACUAUUGGCUAUUCCAGUCCGAGGAGCAGAACUGACGGCAGCAGACAGGGCUCUGCAGAAAAAGAAGCCACCUCAGAGCUCCAGUUGGGACUCGAAGCCGUUGAGCAAAGUGCACUGCAUAAACCCCUAGAGCCCCCCGGAACAGAGGCCAACAGCCAACUGGAAACAGCACACUGUGGGCGAGGGACAGUAUAUCCUACCUGGGUAAAGAGUCCCGACAGGACAGGUGUCAAUUUCUCUAUGAAUUCUAAUCUGAGGGACUUAACUCCUUCGCACCAAUUGGAGGUAGGAGGCGGAUUCCGAAUAAACGAGUCAAAGUGCCUGAUUCCAGACGAUGCAAGAGGCAUGUUCAUGGAAACGCCUGUUUUUUGUACUUCUGAAGAAGGACUUGCGGCUGGCUUUGGGAGGUCUCUCAAUGGUGACAUCUUGAUGGAUGGAAAUUGCACACCCCAAAAUCCUCCACAAAAGAAAAAGGUGUCACUUCUAGAAUAUCGCAAGAGACAACGAGAAGCCAGAAAAAGUGGCUCUAAGGCAGAAAGUUUCCCCCUUCUUUCCAUAUCGCCACACGCUGCUAGUGGAGGAAAUAGUGCUGCCACCGAUGGAUAUAACAGCAGUGAGAAUGGGGAACAAGUGGAGAAGGAACAUCCUGCAAGCCUCCCAUUGCCGUUGCCAGUUGCAGAGUGCAGCGCCACUUCAGAGGAAACGGAAAACACCUCGUCCUCAAAAGAGGUUUCAAGUGAAAAGAAUGAUCCAGAGGUUCAGUGGACUGCUUCAACAUCUGUGGAGCAAGUGAGGGAGCGAAGUUACCAGCGAGCUUUGCUUCUUAGUGAUCAUAGGAAAGACAAGGAUUCUGAUCCUGAUCCUGAAAAUUCUGAGCCCACAAGUGAAUGUCCGUCCCCAGAUACUUCUCUGAAGACUUGCAAGAGUCCUUCAAAAGGAAGCAAGACUUCUUCACUGAGUCCUGUAGUUCCUGCUCAGUCACUUGGGAAGACGCCCACAAAACAGGAUUCCCAGUGGGAGACUGCAGCUGACGCCCCAGAGGCUGAGAGCACAGCUCAUUUAAAGUGUGACCAGCAACCGAAGCCGGUGACAAAUAACACUGAAGCACUUUCGAAAAACCAUCAGUCCCAGCCUCACUUGCGCAAUGCAACUGAUCAACCUGCGCAGAAACUCCCUUCUGCCCCCUUGAAGCUGCACUGUCCUCCUUCCCCUCACAUAGAGAAUCCCCCCAAAUCCUCUACGCCACACACCCCUGUACAGCACGGCUACCUUUCACCAAAGCCUCAUUCACAGCCAUUAGGAUCGCCAUACAGACCUCAUCAUCCUCAGUCAUCACCUCAAGUGGGGACACCUCAGAGAGACUCUCACCGAAGUUUCUAUGCGGGAGCACAGAACCUCCAGCCUAGCCAACAGCAGCCCAGCGGGACACUCUUUCCCCAAACAUCGUCGGUCUCCUACAAUCAGUUCCACCAACAAAACCUGAACACUAGUGUCCCGCCUCCACCCCCACCUCCUCCCCCUUCAAGCUCCACGUACUAUCAAAACCAGCAACCCCCCUCAGGAAACUUUCAAAAUUACAAUCAGUUAAAAAGUAGCAUACCACCCCAACAAACUGUAUUUCCCUCUGGACCAAAUCAAGCACUUGCUGGUACAACAUGCCAGCAGCCUGUUUCGGGACAUCAUGUCACCAGUGGGCAUUUUUUGCCGUCUCAGACUCCCAGUCUCCAUCACCAGACUUCCACCAGUGCUCCACCGCCCCCACCUCCGCCUCCUGCUCCAGGACCACACCUUGUGCAGCAGCAGCAAAGUACUCAUCAGCAGCACGCAGUGGCCCACGUCGUAGGUCCCGUGCAUGCAGUAGCAGUGGCUCCCGGGUCACACAUCCAUACUCAAGCUGCCGGGCAUCACCUGCCGCCACCACCGCCUCCUCCCCACCAUCCUACUCACCCCACAACAAACCACCAAGGUUUGCAAGCACAACACCAGCAUGUCGUAAAUUCAGCACCGCCACCUCCACCGCCACCCCCCUCCAGCGUGUUAAGCUCUGGGCAUCACACCACCUCAGCACCGGGAUUGCACCAUCCAUCUCAUCCAGGCCCCCCGCUUUUCCCUUCGAGCGCUCACUCAACGGUCGCGUCCUAUCCCUCCCAGCCUCCGCACCACACACCUUUGGGACCGGGCACUCAGCAUCAGCCUGCCGCGACGGGGCCUCUCUGUCCGCUCCCCGGCCAGGGUCCUCCUCUCAUCCAGCCUCAAGGACCAAACAGUAUUCCGGCACCUUCCGCGCCAGGGUUCUGCCCUCAUCCGGGCCCGGUCUCUCUUCCUCAUGGUGUGCAAGGACCUCAGCAGGCAUCUCCUGUGCCUGGGCAAAUCCCCAUCCACAGAGCACAGGUGCCGCCAACAUUUCAAAACAAUUACCAUGGUUCAGGGUGGCAUUAAAAAAGGGCCCCUUGCUUUUAAACAUUUUAAAAAUGUUCUGUAAAAACUGUAUAUUUCAUAUGUACCUGUUCAAGGUACUUUUUAAAGCUUGUACAUGAUAAUAACUUUGUAAAAAAAAAAAGCAAACACCAGUGCGCGCGCGCUCUCUCGCAUUGUAUUUUUUUCCAUUUUUGCUUUGAAAAAUUCCUGAACCUGUGCUGUCGAGCCAGGAUUAGGUAUUUUUUUAUUUUGUACGUGAACAUUCCAGCUGUUUGUUCUGGCAGUAGAUUUGAUGCUGCAUAACUUUAAAUUUUAUUGUUGCAGUUAAAAUUCAUUUAGUGAAUGUUUUCUAUAUUUACUUUUUAUACAUAUGUAAUUAAAGUACACGGCUAAGUGAUGGCACUAACAGGUUUUUCAUCUGUCAGCGGUUUUUGUGUGCAUAUAGAUAGAAAAUGCAAUACAGAUUUUUAUAGUUUUGUGUGGACAUGGCUCUUUUAUUUCAACAGUUAUUUGCAGACAUUGUAAUUUAAUGUAUAGAUUGUUUCUAAUGUCUCUGACAAGUGCUGUAAAUACUAUUUCUUUUGCGUGUAAAACUGCUUAAUGCUUCUCAUUUGAUAUAGUAUUGUACAUACAAGUCUUUUGCAAAAGCGUGUGAUCUUUGUGGAAGUAGUACAGUAUAUGAACUUUAAUUUUUUUAAUAUACUGUCACAUUGCAGCACUGGUUGGGCAUUUUAAUUCAUGUUAAUAAAUCACAAUUAUGUCAGUUUUAACAA